AUGAAAGAUGGUGAUGUUGUUGCACAUUUAAAGAUCCUAGGCAAAUUAGGGUUCUUGGAAAAUAGUUUACUUGUUACCUGUCCUAUUUUGACCACUAACCCUUAUCAAUUAGAAACAACCAGAAGAGCUUACAGAGAAAGACUGUUGACUCGCGAAAUCAGAAAUCUAAGCAAUACCGAUAGCACGCACACCACCAACUCGCCAAGAUGCUGGAAUGAAACACUGGGAUCAGCAAAAGCUCUUCGGCGCUACACGCAACACCAUUCUCACAGAAAAUCGACCGAACUCAAGGGAAAUGAACUGGACUGA